AUGGGAUCAAAAGCUCAUUGUCUACCAUUUGAACAGAAUGCCUCCAAAGGCAUUUGGGCAGGAGAUAAUCCUUUAGAUUAUCCGUAUCCUCUAAGUCUGGCGCAAAUCAUCCUCGUCGUUCUCACCUCUACACUGCUUUAUUGUUUUCUAAGACCCUUGGGACAAACCAGAUAUGUCUGCAAUCUCCUGGCUGGCAUUAUCUUGGGGCCUUCCCUGUUAGGGUACAACAAGGCAUUCAAGGACAAAAUACUUUUCGGAGUAAAAGAGGUUCCAUUGUUUGAAACAAUUGCUCAUCUCGGCGUAAUAUACUCCUUAUUCCUAGCCACGGUAAAAUUUGAUGUAAACAUGGUCAAAAGGAUGGCGAAGAAGGCCUGGAAGAUUGGUCUAGUGACAUUUCUCUUUCCAUCAGCAAUCACCUCAAGCACUGUUUUCACGAUAGGCCGAACCAUUCCUGGAAUCAAAGGAGGAAAGUUUUUCCUUUUCUUCGUUUCCAUUUCUUUGUCAUUCACUUAUUUUCCAGUCGUACUUGAGGCCUUGGAUGAACUCAACCUUAUGACUUCGGAGUUGGGACAACUUACUAUGUCCUCCGCGGCCAUGAAUGAAAUAGUCCAGUGGACCUUCGCAGCAGCGCAUCUUAUACACGCUCAGAAAACUAUAAACAAUGGAUUUAAGACUUGUGCUUGCUUACUGGGGAUGAUAUUCUUCACUAUUUUCGUCAUACGGCCAGUUAUAAAAUUGAUCAUCAAAGUUACACCACAAGGAAAAGAAGUCAAGGAAAGUUAUGUCAUUGCACUACAGCUUGGGGUUCUAGUUAUGUCAUUCAUAUCUGAUACCAUAGGCAUGAGGUCUACCUAUGGUCCCAUACUACUGGGAUUAGUCAUUCCAAAUGGACCGCCUCUUGGUUCAGCAAUCGUACACAAGACUGAAUACGUGGUCUCCGAAUUUCUUCUUCCAUUGUUCUUUUUCCGCAUUGGCUUUGACAUUAAUGUCUACUCCGUUGAAGAUUGGACGAGUUUUACCAAACUUCAGCUUCUGAUUGUUGUGUCAUACGUUGCAAAGAUCGUGGGAGGUACAGUGAUUGCAUGGUGCUGCAAAAUCAGAUUCAAGAAUAGUAUCUUGCUGAGCUUAAUGAUGAGUACAAAGGGUAUAAUCGAGCUUAUCGUUUAUACUCAUUGGCGGGAAUUAAAGGCCAUAGAUGACCAAUGUUUUACCCAACUGGUGUUGUCUUCUCUUGGGAUUACCAUGAUUGUAACACCAUUGGUACGAUACUUAUACAAACCUUUCGGAGCAUCCAAAUCCAUACUUCCCCGAUUCAGAAACAUCCAGUCAAUGCCAAGCAACAAGUCUGAAAUGUUUCGCCUUCUAUGUUGCGUCCACAAUGAAGAAAGUGUCCCCAAUAUCAUAACCCUCCUCGAAGCCUCAAACCCGACAGAAUCAAGCCCCAUUUGCGCCUACAUUGUUCACGCAGUCGAGCUCAUUGGUUGUGCUGCACCACUAUUACUCCCUUGCCAUAGUAAUGACAAGAGGAACAAAUUGUGCUCCAAAAACACAACCACUCAUCAAAUAAUAAGAGCCUUCGACAAGUACUCAAAAACUGCGGGUGGACCAGUCAUAAGCCAACCUUACACUAUGAUCUCGCCAUAUAAAAGCAUGCAUGAGACCCUUUUCCGUCUAGCUGAUGACAAGUUUGUGCCGUUGAUCAUCAUAACGUUUCAUGAAAACUACCAGGGUAUUGUUGGUCCAAGUAUGACCGCUGGCAUACGCCAAUUCAACGCCAAUGUGCAAUCAUACUCACCGUGUACGGUGGGGAUCCUAGUCGACAAAGGCUUGUCCUGUCGGAUGAGCUUGCCCCACUUCUCUUUCAACGUGGCUGUGUUUUUCGUUGGGGGGGCAGACGACCGCGAGGUCUUAGCCUACGCGGAACGCAUGUCUUGCAACCCCAAUGUUGGCAUCACGGUGUUCAGGAUAACACUUCAGAGUACAUCAAAAGAAGGGAAAGAAGCCGAGCUGCAGGAGGCAAAGCUGGAUGAGGCGUUGGUGAACGAUUUUAGGCUCAAAAACAUGGGGAAUCAUAUGUUGUUAUGGCGGGAAAUUGAAGUGCAUGACGGAGUACAACUUAUGGAUGCGGUUAUGAACUCGCAGGGGGAAUAUGACCUUGUCAUGGUGGGGAGACGGCAUUCAGAUAUGACAUUGAGGGACGAAGAAAUGGCAGCGUUUGUGGAGAAUGCAGAAUUGGGAGUGAUCGGCGACAUUGUUGCUUCCUCGGAUUUUUGUGGUGGGACGAGUGGUAUUAUCUUGGGGUCCUCCCUUUUUGGGGGCAAAAGGCCACUCGAGGACAAACUGUUCGCAGCCAAAGUGAACCCACUUUUUGACACAAUGGCUAUGCUCGCCGCUAUAUACUCCAUAUUUAUAGUCACAUUGAAAUAUGACUUAUCCCUCAUCAGAAGGACGGCACAAGACUCUAUUAAAGUAGGUCUUGUUGCGUCCUUUUUACCUUCUGUGGUCACCUUAAGCCUCCUCUACCUGCUAGGCAGCGCCAUUCAUGGAUUCCCUAACAGUCCCAAGGGAAAAUACUUCAAGUACUUUAUGACUGUUUUUAUAUCUUUCUCCUUUUUUCCGGUCAUAGCUCAGGCCCUGGAUGAUCUCAGCCUUAUGACUUCUGAGUUGGGCCAAUUCGCCAUGUCCACCGCCAUUGUCAACGAUGUGAUCCAAUGGACCUUAACAACAUUUUAUCUCAUAAUGAUGCAACAAAAUAUAUCAAGCCAUGGAGUUCAGGGUUUUCUUACCUUCUUGGCAUUGAUAAUCUUUGCUGUCUAUAUCAUACGCCCCAUUAUCCUGUGGAUUAUCAGCAAUACCCCAGACGGAGAGGAAGUAAAGGAAGUUUACGUAGUUGCGAUACAACUUGGGGUUUUAGUCAUGGCAUUUAUCUGUGACUCCUUAGGCGCAACGGCUACUAUGGGUGCUGUAAUUCUAGGGUUAGUCAUACCAGAAGGACCGCCUCUUGGAACAACAUUAGUCCACAAGACUGAAACCUUGGUCUCCGAAUUUCUUCUGCCAAUGUUCUUUUUUCGCAUUGGCUACAGCGUAGAUGUGUAUUCGAUUAGUGAUUGGGUGAGCUUUUCUGAACUUCAGAUUCUUAUUACCGUGUCGUAUUUUACGAAGAUUGUGGGAAUUACGGCAGCUGCAUUGUGGUGCAAAUUUGGGUUGAAGAAUAGUUUAAUGCUUAGAAGAAUAGUUUAA